AUGCCACCUAAGGGCACAAAAAGGCCUCGCAAACGAUCUUCAGACGCCGUAACUGGUCCACCUCCAAUUGCUUUCAUCUCUCCAGGCUUACAGGCCGACUCUCGUCUCCUCGUUUUCGAUCAGGAAUUUCAUGUUCAUUCACUAAUCUUAAAAUUACAUUCUGCGUAUUUUCGCAAGUUUCUUGACUCUGUUGACAAGGAGGGCGAUAAUGCCGAACCCGCAGUAGGUGCCGCAGCUCCUUUCAAGUAUGAAUAUGUUUCUGUCAUCGAUGGCGAUGGAGUUUGGGCUCUCGAGCCGGCGGACAAGGCGCAAGCUCCUACCGAAGCGAUGAUAGCACGCAUAUCUCACCCAGACUCCGAGAAGGAAGCCUUCCGAAAACUCCUAUGCGCCAUGUACACGAGACCUUACCGAGUUGAAGAUGUGGGAGAACUUGAGAUAAUCACUCGCCUUGCUGACUUCUACUGCGCUUUACCGAUUGUCUCGGGCACCUUGAGUGGUGCUCUACUAGGGAGCCCCAUGCUGAAGCGCGAUCCUGACCCCGAGAAUCAAGGAUACAAUGACUUCGCUCGCAAGGCAGGGCGGCUCAUCUUUGUCGCUAAGAAACUACGACAUUCAGUCUUGUUCCGAGAGUGCUUUGUUCAUCUCGUCGGUAACCUACAGGACGAAGACUAUCUCGGCGAAUCACUGAUUCCUCUGAAGAGCGAUAAGGAGCUGUGGCUCCUGCUCACUGAAGGCUAUGCCAAAAUGUGCCACCUUCUGCUCAAGGCACAUCAAGCUUUUGUCAUCUCUACUGUGCAGAGAUAUUGGAGCCCCCAGCAGCCUCUCCCAAAGAUCAGAGACGAAGCUCCUGAAGAAAGCUCUGCCUUCUUCAGGGCGUUGAAAGAGCAACUGCAAGGCCAAAUAGCAAGAGGAGUUGAAGACUUGCAUAUCAGAAAUUUACAUGCUGCUGUCGACAAGCUGAUGAUCAACAAUUUGGUUCUAGAUCAAACUGGCUACGGUGCUGGAGAAGGCCCAUUCAAAUGGUGCUUCCUGUGCGCUGAUCUGCCAGACGAAGAGAUGCCGUGGAAUCCGAAUGAGACAGAUUACUAG